AUGAUGAGAAUAUUUUUACUUUUCCUCACAGGUUUUGUAGCCAUAUGGGCUGUGCAUGGAAUAUUUAUGGACAGACUUGCUUCCAAGAAGCUCUGUGCAGAUGAAGAGUGUAUCUAUGCUAUUUCUCUGGCUAGAGCUCAAGAAGAUUACAAUGCUUCGGACUGUAGAUUCAUUAACUUUAAAAAAGGGCAGUGGAUUUAUGUUUAUUCAAAGCUGGUGAAAGAAAAUGAAGCGGGAGAAUUUUGGGCUGGCAGUGUCUAUCAUGACCAUGACAAUGAGAUGGGCAUCGUUGGCUAUUUCCCCAGCACCUUGGUUCAUGAGAAGGGUGUAUACAAGGAAGCCACCAAGGAAGUUCCCACCACGGAUAUUGACUUCUACUGCGAGUAG